CCGCCGCCGUCGUCCCCUCCCCGUCCCCGCCCGCCGGGUGCCGUCGGAGGUUGACAGGUCGAGGCGGGGAGGCGGCGGCGGCGGCAAAGCCGGGCGCCCAAGACUGAGCCCUCAUGGGGAACGCUCCGAGUUACAGCAGUGAAGACGAAUCGGCAGCCGCUGCGGGCGAGGCCUGGGGCCCGCGCCAGGACUGGGCCGGGGAGUCGGGCACGACCCCCGGCCCGGGACCCGCGGCCCCGGCGCUGCCACCCGCCGCGGCGCUGCUGGAGCCGGCCCGGCUGCGAGAGGCGGCGGCUGCGCUGCGGCCCACGCCGCCCUGUGAGUCGCUAGUGUCGAGGCACCACGGCGCGCUGCUACGCUGGCUGGAAGAGCGGCUGGGGCGCGGCGAGGAGUUGGUCACCCUGGAGCAGUUCCGGGAGCUGCUGGAGGCUCGCGGCGCCGGCUGCUCGGGCGAGCAGUUCGAGGAGGCCUUUGCACAGUUCGAUGCCGAGGGCGAUGGCACAGUUGAUGCUGAGAACAUGCUGGAGGCCCUCAAGAAUUCCAGUGGAGCUAAUCUUCAGGGCGAGCUGAGCCACAUCAUCAGACAACUGCAGGCCUGUUCUCUUGUUCCAGGUUUUGUAGACAUAUUUUCAGAGUCCAGGGAGGGCCUGGGCGUUCACGCUUCAAUGAUCCUGCGUUUCCUGCAUCGCAAUCGCAUCUCCAGCACGGUGAUCCCCUACCCGAUGCUGGACCACUGCAACAACCUGUGCUCCAUGAGGUCUUCUGUCCUAAAGGAGUCUCUGGAUCAGCUUUUACAAAAGGAAAAGGCAGAAACCCCUGGAGACUUAACAGGAAGCCCAGAGACGGAUAAACUCAAGUCAGUAGCAAAGUGUUACUCUUACGUAGAGACAUCCUCCAACCCUGCAGACGCUGACAAGAUGACAAAUGGAGAGACGUCAUCCUACUGGCAGUCAGAUGGCAGUUCCUGCUCACACUGGGUCCGUUUAAAAAUGAAGCCAGAUGUUGUGCUUAGACACUUGUCCAUUGCUGUGGCUGCCACUGACCUGAGCUACAUGCCACAGCAGGUGACAGUAGCUGUGGGGAGGACUCCCAGUGAUCUUCAGGAGGUCCGAGAUGUGCAUAUCCCCAGCAACGUCACUGGCUAUGUGACACUCCUGGAAAAUGCCAACAUCAGUCAGCUCUAUGUCCAGAUCAACAUAAAACGGUGUCUUAGAGAUGGAUGUGACACUAGAAUUCAUGGUCUGAGGGCUGUUGGCUUUCAGAAGGUCAAGAAAUCUGGAGUUUCGGUCUCAGAUGCUUCCGCAAUAUGGUAUUGGUCUCUGCUGACAUCACUGGUAACAGCUUCUAUGGAGACAAACCCAGCCUUUGUCCAGACAGUGCUGCACAAUACUCAGAAGGCGCUGCAGCACAUGCCUCCACUUUCCCUCUCACCAGGAUCUACUGAUUUCUCAACUUUCCUGUCUCCCAGUGUUCUGGAAGAAGUGGACAGUUUUCUCAUAAGGAUAACUAGCUGCUGUUCUACUCCAGAGGUGGAGCUGACUCUUCUGGCCUUUGCACUAGCAAGAGGAAGUGUUGCCAAAGUGAUGAGCUCUCUCUGUACCAUCACUGACCACCUGGACACACAGUAUGAUGCCUCGUCCCUCAUCUCAUCCAUGGCAUCAGUUAGGCAGAACCUGCUCCUUAAAUAUGGUAAACCUCUCCAGUUGACUCUUCAGGCAUGUGAUGUCAAAGGAAAAGAAGAUAAGUCGGGACCUGAAAAUCUCCUCGUUGAGCCAUGGACGAGGGAUGGUUUUCUUACAGAAACUGGAAAAACCAGAGCGAGUACUAUUUUUUCUUCAGGAACUGAAUCUGCCUUCCAGGUUACUCAGAUCAGAAUUAUGGUUCGACGUGGGGGCAUCGGUGCCCAGUGUGGGCUGGUAUUUGCCUAUAACUCACCUUCUGAUAAAUUUCAUGCAGAAGAACACUUCAAAAGGUUUGAAAAAUAUGACAAAUGGAAGCUUCAGGAGCUCAGGCAAUUUGUAAAAAGCAGGAUUGGUUGCUCAUCUGAUGACCUUGGAGAGGAUGAUCCUAUUGGCUGGUUUGAGCUGGAAGAAGAGUGGGAUGAAGCAGAUGUCAAGUUGCAACAGUGCAGAAUUGCUAAAUAUUUGAUGGUGAAGUUCCUGUGUACUCGCCAGGAAUCAGCAGAGCGCCUGGGAGUGCAAGGCUUGAGCAUCAGUGGGUACCUGCGGCCCGCCAGAGCAGAUACAGAGCAGAGCGUCGUCUGUGCUCACUGCAGAAAGGACUCUGAGGAGAGUGUCUGUGGGGCCACACUCCUCCUCAAGACCCUUCAGUUCAUCCAGCAGCUCGCCCAUGACCUGGUGCAGCAGAAGGAAAGUGGCUUUAAAUAUAAAUCUUUUCUGGAUUUUGCGGGCCUUGAUUUGCAGAUCUUCUGGAAUUUUUACAAUAAAUUGAAGCAAAACCCACGGGAAGAAUGCAUCUAUGCCCAAACCCUGCUUCUGCAGCUGCUCCAGAGCUGUUUCUCGGUGCUGCAGGGAGAUGCGCCAGUUGUCUCUGAGAAGGAAAAGGCUCCAAAGCAGAUCCCCAAAGGGAUGGAGGCUGCCAAGGAGCUCUACACACACUUGUGUGAUGUCGUGGAUAGGGUCAGUGGAGACUCUGCGCCCAUGGAAAUAUUAAAACAAGAAGUCAGAAAUACCCUUCUCAACGGGGCUGCCAUCUUCUUUCCUGAUCGACAGACCCGGCGGAACCAUCUCUUCACCAUGAUGAAGAAUGUCACUGAGCAGGAGCACAAGCAGUCCCUGCAGCUCACUUUCCGCUCGCUGUGCACGUAUUUUAGUGACAAAGAUCCAGGUGGCCUUCUACUUUUACCUGAGAAAAGCGACCUGGCUGACAUGAAUAUCAUUGAAGUCCUGGCGGUCAUGAACACUCUCCUCUCUGUUGCUGCCCGAGAGUGUGAGCUGCUGAUGCCCAGCGGUGCCCAAGGGGAGGCUGGCUCUGUGCUUUUCUCCCUGUUCUGGUCUGUCCAGGGCAGCCUGUUCUCCUGGUGCUACCUGCAGCUGAAGAGCACAGACACCGGGGCCAAAGAUCUGGCUGUUGACCUUAUUGAAAAAUAUGUGCAACAGUUUCUGGCAAGGAUGAGAGUGAUUUUGGAAUCCCUUUUGUCACAGUACAGUGGAAAAAUUAUAGUGGAAAAAUUAUGUAAUUCAGUGUUUUCAAUGGCAGCUCGUCAACUGGUCAUCUUUCUGCUGGACUUCUGCACUUUAGACAUGCCACACUGCACACUCUUGAGAGAGUUCAGUACCCUAACAGAACUGUUAAAGAAGCUCUGCAGUGACCCUGAAGGAGGACUGAAUAAGCUGGACGUUGAGACUUGGCAACAAGAACAACCUGUGGUGUUACACACGUGGACGAAGGAAUCUGCCCAUAACUAUGAAAAUAAUUGCCACGAAGUGUCUGUCUUUGUUAGCCCAGGGGCAACCUAUUUUGAGGUGGAAUUUGAUGAGAGGUGUGAAACUGAAAAAAGGUAUGAUUAUCUGGAAUUUACUGACGCGAGAGGUGGAAAAACACGCUAUGACACAAAAGUGGGCACUGAGAAAUGGCCCAGGAAAGUGACCUUUAAGGCUGGUCCUCGGCUGCAGUUCCUUUUCCACUCUGACAGCAGUAACAAUGAGUGGGGCUACAAAUUCACAGUCACUGCCUAUGGCCUGCCCGAUGUUGCCGUGUCUUGGGGAUUAGACUUGCAACUCCUUGUUUCUCGACUGAUGGGACGCCUUGCCUCCCAGUGCAUGGCCCUCAAGUCUGUUCAUCAGUUAAGAAGUAAUAUGAUAGUACCUCAGGCAAAAAUGGUAUUAGUCCUAAACUCCCCUUUGUGGAAACCUGUCUUCAGGCAUCAAAUAUGUCCAGAGUUGGAAUUAGAAGCAUACUGGACGACUCCCCCACACCAGGAUAGUAAGGAGGUUAAGAACAUUCCUGACAGUCCCUGCCGCAAUUUUCUUCUUGAUUUUUCACAGUCAGACCCUGCUCGGGACUUCUGUGGGCCAUAUUCAGAACUUUUCAAAGGAUUCAUACAGGCAUGUAGAAAACAGGCCCCAAAGGCAGAUAUAGUUGCUGGUUCUACUAUUGAUCAAGCUGUGAACGCCACCUUUGCCGCUCUGGUGUAUCGCACUCCAGACUUAUAUGAGAAGCUGCAAAAAUAUGUAAACAGCGGGGGCAAGAUAGCCCUGAGCGAGGAGUUUGCACAGGUGUAUUCCUUGGCUGAUGGGAUUAGAAUCUGGAUGUUAGAGAUGAAGCAGAGGUCCCUGAUGGGGCUGGGGAACGAGGCAGAAGAAAAACUCAAUUCGGAAACUACCGAGGCGAAUCCUGAAAGCCUGUCAAAAGAGUGUAUUCAGAAGAGUCUUCUGUUACUAAAAUUUUUGCCUGCGGGUAUACAUUCAAAAGAAAGUUGUGACCAGUUGGUGACUGCAGCUGAAACUGAUUCUCUCCAGCCACCUGACAAGCGCCAGAGGACAAGCUCUGUAGUGGAAGAGCACUUCCAAGCCUCAGCAUCUCCCACUGAAGCAGCGCCCCCAGUGGCGGUUGAUGGGAGGCUUGGCCUGGAUGUCCAGCCAAAGCUGCUGCCCAGCAGUGGCGCUUCCACCACAGAGGUGUCCUCUGCCACAGCUGAAGAGCCCUCGUCACCUUCCACACCCACCCGUCGGCCUGCCUUCACCCGAGGCCGACUCCGGCUACUCUCCUUCAGAUCCAUGGAGGAGGCCAGGCCAGUGCCCACGAUAAAAGAGAAAUACCCUGUGCUGAAGGAUGUCAUGGACUUCAUUAAGGAUCAGUCACUCUCGCAUGACAGUGUUGUAAAGGUUCUUUCCUUGAAGAAAGCCCAAGCCCAGAGCAUUCUCGAAGUACUGAGGAUAAUUCAGUAUUGUGCAGAAUCCCUUGGCCAGCCUCAUUGCUUCCAUCCGCCUUUUAUACUUUUCCUGUUAGAACUUCUGACCUGCCAGAAAGAGUUUACCAAUUACUUUGGACACUUGGAAGGCUGUGGUGCAGAACUACACAAAGAAAUUCGAGAAACUUACUAUCAACUUGUUCUGUUUUUGGUCAAAGCAGUUGAAGGAUUUAGUAGCUUAAAUGACAGGUCCUUGCUGCCUGCCUUAUCCUGUGUCCAGACGGCACUGCUUCAUCUUCUGGAUAUGGGUUGGGAGCCCAGCGAUCUUGCCUUCUUUGUUAGUAUUCAGUUACCAGAUCUCCUCAUGAAAAUGUCCCAGGAAAAUAUAAGUGUCCAUGACAGUGUGAUCAGCCAGUGGAGUGAAGAGGAUGAGCUUGCUGACGCCAAGCAGAAUUCAGAAUGGAUGGAGGAGUGUCAGGAUGGCAUGUUUGAGGCCUGGUAUGAAAAAAUAGCCCAGGAAGAUCCAGAGAAGCAGAGGAAAAUGCACAUGUUUAUUGCCCGCUAUUGUGGCCUGUUAAACGUGGACAUCUCUUGCGAUGGGUGUGACGAGAUUGCCCCCUGGCACCGCUAUCGGUGUCUACAGUGCAGCGACAUGGAUCUCUGCAAAACCUGCUUCCUAGGGGGGGUGAAGCCUGAGGGCCACGGGGAUGACCAUGAAAUGGUCAACAUGGAGUUUGCCUGUGACCACUGCCGGGGUCUGAUCAUAGGCCGGAGGAUGAAUUGCAACGUGUGCGAUGACUUUGAUCUUUGCUAUGGGUGCUAUGCAGCGAAGAAGUACUCCUACGGCCAUUUGCCUACACACAGUAUCACGGCCCAUCCGAUGGUGACCAUUCGGAUCAGUGACCGUCAGAGGCUCAUCCAGCCCUACAUCCACAAUUACUCCUGGCUGCUGUUUGCUGCCCUGGCGCUCUACAGUGCCCACGUGGCCAGUGCAGAGGAUGUGGAUGGGGAGAAGCCGGACCCCCAGGCCCGCAGCAGCGCCACCACCGUGCAGAGCCAGUGCGUGCAGCUCAUCGGGGACUGUCUGAUGAAGGCUCACCAGGGAAAAGGUCUGAAAGCUCUGGCUCUUCUUGGUAUGUUGCCAGAUGGUGGAUCUACCCCAGAAAAUCAAUCCCUGCCAGUCCCACUGCCCACCCGCACAUCAGGGAUGCUGCUAGAGAAGAAAGCUGUCCAGGCUGCUGAGGAGCCAUCAGAGGCAGGCGCUUUUGUGGACUGCAGUGGAAAGGGGGCUGCUCACAAGGAGACCAGACCUUUAGACUGCGGGCAGAGAGGCAAGGCAGGUGAAGGUGUGUCGUUAACGAAGGAUCCUUCAUGCCAGACCCAAACUGCAGACUCAGCUGCAGAUGUUAGCACACCUCCGGGACUUCCAGGUGCUGAAAAUUCAGAGCCAUCGCCUCAGAAGCCAGUAGAGGAAAAGGCAGUGACUCCAAGCCCUGAGCAGGUGUUUGCAGAGUGCUCCCAGAAGAGGAUUUUGGGGUUACUAGCAGCUAUGUUACCUCCUUUAAAGUCGCAGGGUCCCACAGUCCCCCUGAUAGACCAGGAGCACGUCCUCCCACUAAUGUUUCAGGCCGUCAUCUCAAACGCAGGCCACCUGAAUGAAACCUACCACCUCACCCUUGGUCUUCUGGGCCAGUUAAUCGUCCGCCUCUUACCAGCAGAGGUGGAUGCCGCAGUGACCAAGGUCCUCUCAGCCAGACCCAACCUGUUCGUGUCAGGGGACAGUUCUGUCGUGCCAGAUGGCUGGAAGACCACUCACCUGCUCUUCAGCCUGGGAGCUGUGUGUUUAGACAGCCGGGUGGGCUUAGACUGGGCGUGCUCCAUGGCAGAGAUCCUACGGUCACUCAACAGCGCCCCACUGUGGCGUGACGUCAUUGCCACCUUCACCGACCACUGCAUCAAACAGCUCCCUUUCCAGCUGAAGCACACCAACAUCUUCACCCUGCUCGUGCUGGUCGGCUUCCCCCAGGUACAUCACUCCAAAGGCCUGGCCACCCAUCCCAUUUUCCUCACGUACAUCAGAGUCUCUGUCCUCUGCGUAGGGACCCGCUGUGUUUAUAUGGAUAAUGCCAAUGAACCACAUAAUGUGAUCAUCUUGAAGCAUUUCACUGAGAAGAACAGGGCCGUGAUCGUCGAUGUCAAAAGCCGGAAAAGGAAAACAGUGAAGGACUAUCAGCUGGUCCAGAAGGGAGGCGAACAGGAGGGCAGCGACUCUCAGGCCCAGCUGAGCCAGUACUCCCAGCACUUUGCCUUUAUCGUCAGUCACCUUCUGCAAACCAGCAUGGACACCCAUUGUCCCGAGGCUGUGGAAGCAACCUGGGUCCUGUCCCUGGCCCUCAAAGGAUUAUAUAAAACACUAAAGGCUCAUGGUUUUGAAGAGACCCACGCUACCUUCCUUCAGACCGAUGUGCUGAAACUGCUGGUGAAAAAGUGCAGCAAAGGGACCGGCUUCAGUAAAACGUGGCUCCUCCGGGAUCUGGAAAUUCUGUCCAUCAUGCUGUACUCCUCAAAAAAGGAGAUGAACAUCUUGACGGAGCAUGGAGACCCGGAGCUCACCGAGCAAGAAGACCAAGAGGAGGAGGCUGAGCGAUCAGUCAGCAGCCCCAGUGAAACGGAGCAGAAAAAGCUAGACCCUCUUGAAGGCCUGGAUGAACCCACCAGAAUAUGUUUCUUGAUGGCUCACGACGCCCUCAAUGCCCCUCUGCAUGUGCUCCGGGCCAUAUAUGAACUGCAGAUGAAAAGGACCGAAUCUUUCUUCCUGGAGGUUCAGAAGAGGUUCGAUGGAGAUGAGCUCACCACUGAUGAAAGGAUACGGACCCUGGCUCAGAAGUGGCAGCCCAGUAAGAGUCUGAGACUGGAAGAGCAGAGCGCAAAAGCUGUGGAUACGGACAUGAUUAUCUUGCCAUGCUUGUCCCGGCCAGCACGCUGUGAGCAGGCCACUGCUGAGUCGAAUCCCGUGACACAGAAGCUGAUUUCCAGCACAGAGAGUGAACUGCAGCAGAGCUACGCCAUGCAGCGCCGUAGCAAGAGCGCUGCCCUCCUGCACAAGGAGCUGAACUGCAAGAGUAAGAGGGCUGUACGUGACUACCUUUUCCGCGUGAAUGAGGCUACGGCUGUUCUGUACGCCCGCCAUGUGCUCGCAUCACUGCUCGCCGAGUGGCCGGGGCACAUGCCGGUGAACGAGGACGUCCUGGAGCUAAGUGGCCCUGCCCACAUGACCUACAUUCUGGAUAUGUUGAUGCAGCUGGAAGAAAAGCAACAGUGGGAGAAGAUCCUGCAGAAGGUGCUCCGAGGCUGCCGGGAGAACAUGCUGGGGACCAUGGCCCUGACUGCCUGCCAGUUCAUGGAGGAGCCGGGUAUGGAGGUGCAAGUGAGGGAGUCAAAACACCCAUACAACAACAACACCAACUUUGAGGAUAAAGUUCACAUUCCUGGUGCCAUCUACCUCUCAAUCAAAUUUGAUUCUCAGUGCAAUACAGAGGAGGGCUGUGACGAGCUGGCCAUGUCCAGCAGCAGUGACUUCCAGCAGGACCGGCACAAUUUCAGCGGGUCACAACAGAAGUGGAAGGAUUUUGAGCUUCCAGGAGAUACUCUAUAUUACCGUUUUACCUCUGACAUGAGCAACACUGAGUGGGGCUACAAAUUCACUGUGACGGCUGGGCACCUGGGACGGUUCCAGACGGGAUUCGAGAUUUUGAAGCAGAUGUUGUCGGAAGAAAGAGUUGUGCCGCACCUGCCGUUGGCCAGGAUCUGGGAAUGGCUGGUGGGUGUGGCCUGCCGCCAGACUGGUCAUCAGCGGUUGAAAGCCAUCCACUUACUGCUGAAGAUCGUGCGAUGCUGUACCCACAGGGACCUCUGUGACCUCACGCUGUUAAAGCCCCUAUGGAAGCUUUUCACCCAGAUGGAGUACAGCCUGUCUGAGGACGUGACACAGCCUGGCAUCCUCCUCCCACUGCACCGGGCCCUCACAGAGCUCUUCUUCGUCACUGAGAACCGUGCCCAGGAGCUUGGCUUACUGCAGGAUUACCUGCUGGCCUUAACCACUGACGACCACCUUCUCCGCUGCGCAGCACAGGCUCUGCAGAACAUUGCUGCUAUCAGCCUGGCCAUCAACUACCCAAACAAGGCCACCCUCCUCUGGAAUGUCGAGUGUUAGCCCAUGGUGUGGCGUGCAUGACUCAGGCUAAUCUGUCCAAGGGAUUGCAGAGCAGACAUCUAAACGCAUUCAGGUAAAUUUCUGUGGCAUCAGCGCCCAGCUCUCGGUGAGCUCCCACUUCCACUCUGAUUGGAACACACAGCAGCGACGUCUACGGGAACUCUGGUGUCACAGACUAGUACACAUGCACGCACCACAGCAUGCCGGAAUGGGCAGAGCCAUGCAGGAGCACUCAGAACGGGCAGCCAGGAGGCCCUUUGGAAGGUCGUGCGCACCAGCCUCCUCCAGGGUCUGUCCCUGCAGAAGGCCAGGGAGGAGCUGGAACUGCCUCCACUUGCCCUUUGGGUGAAGACGGAGUCUGCCCAGAGCGACCUUUCUCAGCAAGACCCACAGCAGCAGAGGCCUGGCAUGGGAACUCCUCUUUUGCUUUGCUUCUUGAGACUGGGUGAUCCAAACCAAAACUGGUGAGAGCCCUUCUGGUCACCACCGGAUCCCUGCGACCCAGCCCCUCCCAGAGACACUCGGAGAGAACAAGUGCCCUUGGGAACAGCCAGCAGCCGCCUGCUCCCGCACAUCAGUCAGCCCUUUUUUGUUGUUGCUUUUCUAACGUAUUUCAGUCUGUACCUGGCGGUUUUAGAACAGAACCACGCUGACUCCCUUCAGGGGGCCUCAGAGGGAUGACCUCAAGGGGGACAGGCUUGGUUGGUGUGCAGGUAGCAGAACUUGAGGAAUAGUCUUUAGCUUCUGUACCUAAAGACUUGAAGUGUUAUCAAAGGAGAUCUUAUUUUAGGAACUUAAAAAAAAAAAAAACAUGAUUUUAUUUCUGCUUGAUGGUCAUUGGUAAUCGUCAUGUCCACCUUGGGGACGCUGCGUGGUUAUUUGGCUGUCACUUGUCUAGCAAUAACUAUAUUAGUUCUAGCGAGUGCUAUUUUACAUUUUACUCUUUAUGGUUUUAGUUUUGCCCUGAAGUGCUGAUUAUAUCUUCUUUCCAAAGCCAAGCUUUGGAGCAUAAAGCUGGGUUGGCAUGUGGGCUGUGGACCCUUAGUAGGACUUGUCGCUAUGAGCAAUGCCAGAGGCGGCUGUGGGUGUCUGGACCCAAUGCUCGUGCCACCACACAGGGCCAAACACAAGGAAGGACGUCCACAGCCAGGGCCAGAUGUGGGUGGGUUGGCAUGGCCAGGACCCAGUUUGCCCCUUGACCUCUGAAGACCCCUCUGCAAGGUUUGCAGGAGCCUGGGCUGGGAGGGCCUGAGACUGCAGGUUCUGGGAGCUUCUUCUGCCUUCUGGAUCAGGAGGAAAGGUACAGUGACCUUCUGCAGCCCUAGAAUUAGAUCCUCAACCAAGUCCUGGGGCGCACCUGGAGCCGUCACGGACGGGAGAAUUCAAAUGAGACAGAAACAAAUGGGGCGGGUCCUAAAAUCUGGGGCCCACCGCCCUAACGUGGCAGCUUGGGCUUUGUCGCCUCAUGUUGCUGGGACCUGAGUAGACCGAUGCUGCCUGUUCAGUGGAAACCCCUUUCCCAUCCUCUGCUCUUUGCCAAAACUGGCCUUGCUUCGCAAGCUGCCUGCACCCCCAGAAAAGGCCCCACAGUUCCUGCCGCCCAGAGCCAAGGAGGUCUCACAGGGAGGAGUUUCCCGAGAGGAGACCACAGAGAACAAGUCUUGGUGCUUGGGAGCAGAGGUUCCCUCAUGGGCUCGGAGUCACUGAGACUGCCUGGGAGACAGACAGGAGUCAGUGUGGCUCACUGCUUAGCCUCCCCGUGCCACCGCCCCCCACACACACCUCAGAAGACUGAGUGAAGAAGAGGGGCGUGCCAGACCCCUGGGGCAGUUGCCACCAGCUCUGCUCCCACCCCUCCCAUCAGGAAGAUAAUUUGUAAAUAAACGCUGGACUCCUUCUAGCUUCUCUCCAUAUACCUCCCCCCCUCACUAUUUUGGUCUCUGUACUUCAGUUUGCCUGGAACAAGGCUAAGUUUUCCCUUCACACACAGCUGCUGCUCUCUUCCUGCAGGGCCCUGCCUGGCCUGGCCUCCCUCAGUCCCGCUGCCACCUCUGCUUCCAGCCACUAGGUGGCGGUGCCGAGCCAAGGCCGGCUUCCUAUGGCCCUAGCGAGUCGGGGGUCCCCGUAGCUCAUGGUCCCCAAUGAGGGGUGACCUCUUGAUCCUUCCUUAGGAGGCAGGGCUGCCUAGAAUGAGAUAAAACCAGCCCAAAUAAAGGUGUCGUGGGAAAAUGUGCCUAAUCUAGAAAGAAAUUCUGUUCCAAAUCAUAUAUAUUGUACAAACACUGUUCCUAACGAGAGGAGUGACUUAUUUUCAUCAUCGUUUUUAAUUUGUUUUCUUACGGGUUUACAAUUUUGAAUUUUUCUUAUUUGGUUGAAAGAAAGAAUUUUGAUUAUAUCAGCUGGGUGAGUUCAGCCUGUAAAAAGGAUGUUAAAUUGUGAGUAAAAUAUGCAAAUGAAGAGAAAUAUAUUGUACAAAUUCUAUAUAAAAA